GGUGUAGUACGCGUGGGGGGGUUCGACGGAUAUUUCUCAGGAACUUCUCGGAGACUGGGGAUGUUGUUCCGCCUACUACUCCGAGGCGCUAAGUGUUACCGUUAAUAAAUAAGAAAAAGAAAAAAGAAAACCCUCGUCGACCCUAAAUUCUGCAUUAAAUCCGUUUCGCGUGAAGCACCUUGUAGAUUCGCAUCGCUAUCUUCGGUUAUCUCCCUGUCUGCGGCUGCUGCUGUCGCCGGGCAAGGUAGCGGCGGGGGCGGAGGGGGGCUAAAGGCACCCCUUGUCCUGGCUGCACCCUUUGCCUGCACGCAAUCAUGGCUGCCUAGCGCGGGGCGCGUAUUGACCAAUUUUCCCGUAUGACUUUUAAGUCGAAAACCUUGGUGUGUGGCUCGUAGGGCGUGUCUAUUAACCCCGGCAUCCAAAUCACCCUGGAAAGCUGGUGUUGAGGCAUGUAGGCGACGAGAGUACUGAUCAGAACAACAACAUCACCAUGACUAGUGUCGAUUUGUUGCAGCCCGGCCAUGUGGUCAAAGAACGAUGGAAAGUUCUGAAGAAAAUAGGUGGUGGUGGGUUUGGUGAAAUCUACGAAGGUCUAGAUUUGGUCACACAGGAACAAGUUGCUCUGAAAGUAGAAUCUGCACGCCAGCCGAAGCAAGUUCUUAAAAUGGAAGUGGCCGUUCUUAAAAAGUUGCAAGGUAGAGAACACGUUUGUAGAUUCAUAGGAUGCGGCCGCAAUGACAGAUUUAAUUAUGUAGUGAUGCAGUUGCAAGGAAGAAAUCUAGCAGAACUACGAAGAGCGCAGCCCAAAGGUGCAUUUUCACUUUCCACAACGUUGCGAUUGGGCCUGCAGAUAUUGAAAGCCAUUGAGAGCAUUCAUCAAGUGGGCUUCCUACACAGAGACAUUAAACCAUCUAAUUUUUCUAUUGGUCGUCUUCCUUACACGUCGAGGCGCGUAUAUAUGUUGGACUUUGGCUUGGCUCGACAAUUCACUACCGGCACAGGAGAAGUUCGAGCUCCGCGUGUGGCAGCUGGAUUCAGGGGAACUGUCAGAUAUGCGUCCGUCAAUGCCCACAGGAACAAAGAGAUGGGAAGGCAUGAUGAUUUGUGGUCACUUUUCUACAUGCUGGUUGAGUUUGUCAAUGGACAACUACCAUGGCGUAAAAUAAAGGAUAAAGAACAGGUCGGUCUUAUGAAAGAAAAAUACGACCAUACUCUCCUUCUCAGGCACCUUCCUUCUGAUCUCCGUGUUUUCUUGGAACACAUCCAGAGUCUGGAAUACGUCGAUAAACCAAAUUAUUCAAUGCUGGCUGGUUUGUUUGAUCGCUGUAUGAAACGUAGAGGCGUGAAAGAAAAAGAUCCUUAUGAUUGGGAAAAACCUGGGAUCGCAGAGCAAAACUUACCAUCCACUAGAUCUUUGCCUACUGCGAAAAUCCCACCAGCACCUCCUACGGGUGCAACAACUAACCAGGCACCGACAAUGCCAAACCUUGAUACAAAUAAUCAAGAAAACAUGGAACCAGAUAAUAGAAAGGAGCUGGACGCUCAAUUUGACUAUGAAAGUGCGUAUAGAAAAAUACGGCAACGAGGAAUUGAGGAAUCAACAGUUUCAUUAAUUCCAGCCCUUAGCAAUCUGGGUAUUAGAGAUAAAAAUUGCAAUGCUACAAUACCAGUGACAGACAACACACAUCAACAAGAUGCUCAACAGGCAGCUGUUACGUCUCCAGUACAAGGCUCAAUAUGGAAGAGGCGAGCCGUAUCCAUGGCUGUCGAAACACAAAUACAAGCAACUCCUGCAGAAAAACAAGUGGACAAUGAAGGAGAUGCGUUAAUGACAUCUGCUCGUUCCGCUUCUGAAGUUCCUCGUCCCAAAAAUGCUGCCAAUACUUCCACCCCACUUCGAAAAUCCGCUAGUGGUGCCACUUUUGCUUGCUUAAGAGUCCAAGUUCAAGAACUUGGAAAUCAGGGUACUCCUGAAACAGCACCGGGAGAUGCUACUACCCCUAGAAUACAAACUGAAGUAGAUGCAUCGUACUGUUCGUAUGACGGAACUCAUGUUAAGCAAGUGGGAAACCAAAGUCCUGUGACUGAGCAAAGAGAACCUCUGCGAAGAGAGCCGAGAAGACGAACAGAUGGUCGACAAUCAAAUAGAGGGGGUCGUGCAGCAGCACGCGAUUGUUCAAUAACACAAUUUGCGCAAAUAGACGACGACAAUGUUUCAGCGCUGCAGCAAGUAACUAGAGGUGGUGGUGGAUUGACGCUGGCAUCACAGUGGAAGUCACAGUUUGAUGAUUCGGAGGAAACUGACAAUGAAUGGAAAGGAGAAAAUUUACAAAGUCCUGAGCACAAGGGCACUAAUCCACCCUCUCUAAUUCCACAGUUGAGUAAGACGAAAAAUAUGCAGUCCACAGCUGUUAGCGAAGUCGUAGCUACUACUACAGUGACACGGGGUUCCCAGGACAUAAAAGUCCAAAGUACACCAGCAGCAUCUGUCACACCAGCAACGACUCAACAGCAGAUUGCACUCACAGGACAAGCAGCUUUAUCUAGAAUCAGUGAAGAUUCACCACGGCCUCCAGCACCUCACAGAUGUCUAAACAUUGCCGGGAUAGAGAAAUAUCCAGAACUCCAAGGAGCAUUGCCUCGUGCUUGGAGUAUGCCGGUGAUGGCAUGUAAUAUCCGUUAUGACUUAGAAGCACCAUUGGUACAACAAGCGGCAUUCGAUGAUCUAUUGUACGAGGUUGAUGUGAUGAGGAAUAUUGCAGCGCGGCGCGAUGAUCCAAAAGAAAUUUUACCAGUUCGAAGAGCUAGCGUACCAGCAGUUACGUUUUCACCACCAAAUACAGUGCCAACCACGCCAGGCGCUGAUGACGAAGAACAAGCAGUGGCUGGAAGACUUGAAAUCAGAGUUGUAGAUGCAACAGGAGGGGCCACAAUCGUGCAAACAAGAGCUGAUAAGGAACCCUUACAAAAAAAAUUAACAAAUGGCACAGCCGGCAGUCCAGCCAGUCCAAAUCCAGGACCUGAAGAUCCAUCUAUAUAUUUUGAUGCAGCAGAAAAUCACGCAGCUGUGAAUAAUAUUUCGAAUGGAGGUGUUUCUGCAGCUACCACAUCAAAUACCUUACCCAAUGCUGUUUCGAUUCGCGAACUCAAAGAAAUUAAGGAGAAUGAAAUAGAAAAAGAAAAAGAGAUAGAGACAGAAAAAGAUAAGGAUGUUGAGAAAGAGAAGGAAAAGAAGAGAGCGAAAGAAAGGGAAAAGGCAAAAGAAAAAGAAAUGCCAAGUAGACCACAUAGUACACAUAGUAAGAUUCCAGUGCCGGUGAAAAGUCCACGAUGUUCGUUAUCUGAACCAACACCUGAGUCAAAUAAUACAGCAAAUACUACGAAAUCUGGAACUGGGAGUGAUAUGGAAAAACCAUCUCCUCUGGGAAAUCAAUAUAAAGAGAAAGAUAGUGCAAACAAAGGUAAACCUUUGACAGUACCUGCAGAAGCUCCGGCACUCCGUCGAUGUGUAACGUUGCCUGACGCUCGGCCAACCCAGCCACUCUUGACUUCUGCAAGUUCAACUGAUGAAGAAAACCUGACUGGUUGUACACCUGCGCUUCGUCGUCGAAGACUGAGUGAAAAAUAUGUCACUGAUGCUAGUCAACUCAAUCUGCACUUCCAAAGACCUCAACAUAGACCCAGACCAAUCUCUGAAAUAUUACCAUACAUGCAACUAUAUGCUAGGGGUGUGCCAUCGUAUUUACUAGGGGAGGGUGGAAAGCGAAGUGAAGAAAGCAGUGAUAAUGAAUCCGACCAUAGUGGACCUCCAAAUGCUCAACCACCGCCACCACCCACCUCAGUGCCUCCUCACGGGGCUGAAAAUAAUGCUAGGUGUCGUAGGUACAGGCCAGUACCAGAUACGACGGUAGUCAGCAGAAAGUCGUGAGGAUCAAUUGAUUAAACGCGGAAUUCCUCAUGUACAUCAAGAAUGGCAAUGUUGUACCCAUGGUCAACCAGGAAUGUGAUACCUUAUUAGAUUAAAAACAAAGCCUAAAUAUUUUCUAGCAGUUGACAUUAGACCAGUCUCAAGGCUCCGAGGAAUAUCGACGAAAUGCAAAUCGCAACGUAACGUUAUGUUGCAUUGAUUUGCAAAUAUGACAAUGUGUGUCAUAAUCUUGAGGUAUAUAUCUUAUCUUAUUUCAGUCCCAUUCGGAGACAACAAACGCCGUUAGUAUUGUUUCAGGAAGGUAAAAAGUUAUCUUUCAAAUUUUUAUUGAGAAAAAUACGGAAGAAUUUGAGUGUUUCGAAUACAACUGUAAGUGAACUUCUCUUCAGUGUAUAAAUAGCGAAAAAUGGAAACUAAGUUUAUUGCAUAAUCGAAUCACAGUAAAUCUGAGUCACACUCAGCUAGUAAAUGUCUUUGUGGAUGAAAUCGGUGAAAUUUGCAGUAUAGUGGCAUCAGAGUAUGAAAAGUGAUUUGCUUUACGUGCAAUUCUCCUAAUUGGGAAUGUGUAUAUAUGAUAUUUAGUGGCAACUGACCUCCAGUACCACGUGGCAGCUAUUUUUGAAUUUAUUUACGUUUAUACGUCCACUGCAUAAAAUACAUGAUAUUCGAGGGGGAGAAAAAGAAACUGAUGUAAUGGAAACACAAGUGGUAUCUACUGUGAAUUUUAUUUCAUAUUUUUACAAUCUUUACAGUUUAUUUAACUGUACAGAUGUAUAUUACUUUUACAUUUUUUAGAUUUCAUUAAUUUAUGAACGCAUUAUAAUUCUUUCAUCAACUUCAGUGAAUAUUUAUAUGAGAGGUAUGCUUCAUUUCAAAUAGUGUACUAUCACGCAUUCUAUUUAGACGUGAAUUAAAAAGAUUCGUUUCUUGUGGAACUCAUUAUUACCACUCGAUGUAGCUAGCAAUUGGUCGAGUAAAUAUUUGAAUAAUCGGAGUAUUUAGAUCAAUGCACAUUGUACAUAUUUCCACUGUAUGGAAACGAUUAAUACACUGAAUAAGAGUCCACUGUCUGAGAGGGUGUGACAGACAGUGUUACAUGGAGAAACAGAUAAUAUAUAUUUUUCUUCAUGUCGCGUACUUGAUCCAAGAUAUGAUGUGGCCUGUCUACGAAUAACCGAAGAGUAUAAAAAUUCAAAGAGUGAUAGGAAUCUUAGGAAAAAAAGACAAAAAACCACCAAAAAAAUUAAUUAAAAAAGAAUUGAUAGAUAGUAAUACUACUAUACGAUAAAAGUUAAACUGCUCGUACCUUUGUUACGGGUGCACUUAUUCAAACAAUUUCCUUUAUUACGGAUGUCAAUGAAACCAAUAGCAGAUAGUUCUGAAAUGUAAUAAUUCGAGAGACCAUUGAAUCAUAGGGUAAAGCUCUAAGACAUGAGUUAGUUUUGAAAUAAAAAAUUAUCAGCUAGUGGACACACACACGGUAGCUAGUUCUAUAAUUGAAUCUGGUAUCUGUCACACUCGGCUUUAUACUCUUAGCGCCCCCUCCGACUCCUCGCAAGCAUAAGAAAUAUAGCGGAAAAUGUUGUAGUGAAUAAUUUUAGAAUAUUUAUCGGACUUGGACGAGUGUGCUAGUCUUGGAAAAACCCACCGUUAAAAGUUAUUGAAAUUAAACGGUUAUUAAAUAGUGUAAAGUUUGGAUCAAAACUUGUGACGCAAGCAAAACCGUACAUGUUUGUUCAUACAGUGAGCUGUGAGCUAGAGAUCUGAAUCCGUGCAUUUUGUGUUUGAGAAAUGGUGUACUAAUUGUACUGUACAUAAUUUUUAGGACUACAAAAUUUUCUAUCAGUCAAAUAGAUGUUUCCCGGUUGAACGAGCAUAGACGAAAAUUAACUAUAGUAUUAAAUACAUCAAUUUAGCUUCAAGUGAUAUUGCAUAAAUUGUCACAAAAGUGUGGAAAGAUAUUUUUCCUGACUUAUAAAGUAGAGGAACUGAUUGAAAUGUCCAUAAACCUUCCUGAUCUCGCUUUCUCAAACAAAAAAUUACCCAUUUUGUGCUUGUUGCAGCAAAGAUUCGUGUAAAUGUAUAAACUGUAAGAUUCAAAGUGUACGAAGUAUUACUUUCAUGUAGUGAAAAAACAAUUUACGAUUACCUAUAUCAAGCAAUCAAAUUUAUUUUGAUAAUCGAAGAAAUUCAAUGUCAAAAAAAAAAAAAAAGAUUAUUAAAAACUAGUCAUUUUAAUAAAAUUGAUUGUGUACCAAGUUACACAGUUAAAAUUAAAGUUUUACAGACAACGAUUUGUCCCAUAUUAUAUACAUCAUAAUAAUAAUCAUAAUAAUAAUAUUAUAUAAGGUGGACAAAAAGAAACAUAUUUUGAUUCAAAUAUUGAAAUAAUACCAUUCUAAAAGUUAGAGCAGCAGAUGAAAAAGUGAAGUUCCGUAUAACAAGAACUUUAAAUGAAAUUUAUUAUUUUCCUAUGAUACAUUAUAAUGUUUUUGUUAUAUGUCAUUUCUUUUCUUCGAAUCUCUCACUUAUCUUGAGUUAACAGAUACUUAUUUUUUAUGCAAAUCCCCUGAGCUAUUGGAAUAAUGUACAUUUUUUUGCUCUACUUAUUGAUGAUUAUAACCAAAUAAGUAUGUUAAGCCAUUAUAAUACAGUUCGUAAUGCUACUAACAUAUCCCUACAAAAACCAGAUACUCCACAAAUAUAAAUCUUCUAUAGCAACGCGUUAUUUCUGCGCUAAUCUAAUUCAUAAGAAACUAUUUAUUAUUUACGUAAAAGAUUAUGGUAGAAAUAAAAAAAAAUAAAAGUAAAUAAAGUCAUGACUAUGUUAUAAUAAUUUUGGUAUGAAUCGGUGAUUCGCAGGUCUGCAAAGGUGACAAGGGAUUACUGAAAAUCUAAACUUGUGCAAUAUUGAACAAUAUGUGUUGCUUGAAAUACUAUUCAAGUAAAAAAUUUAGAUGAAAUAAAAAUUACUACUUGAAAAAAAAGUAGUAUAAUGCUAUUGUGUAUUUACACUGUAGCUAUUAAUUUUCAUGCAUAAUAUAUGAGACAGAAGCGUUUUCUUAUAAUUUCUACAAUAAAUAACAGUUUUAAAGCUGGUUCAAGAUAUCGGAAAUUAGAAAAUAUUUCUGUUAUACAAGCUGUAAUAUUUCUAAUAAUAUAUAUUGUAAUUUAAAUAGGUAUUAUGCGCGUCAUGUGAUAUAAUGAUCUCUCGAUCGAUACUUUUUGUAUGUAAUACCACAUUCAUCAUCAAUGGCAUCGCCUUUGAAAUCAGAAUACAAACUCAGCUGCUCUUACCCAAAGUUUUCACGUCUUCAAAGCAAUAGAAGGAUUUAAUUAAUUGGUUCGUUCUGUCAACUUUACAGAUUGCCCAAACUGCUCCAUCAUUUAUAUAGGUUCCUGUACAUAACGAUAUAUUAUAAUGAAUACCAUAUGAUGAAUAAUAAUUUAUUAUUAUUAUUAUUAUAGUUAUUCAUUAUCAUCUAAGAUCUUAACCGAUGAAUAAUUGUACUACAAUAUUGUAUUCUUUCUCUGCUUCGUGCUCUCUAUAGAUAGCCACACAAAAACUCUAAUUCCGACAUGUGUAUGUAAUCAUGUUUGAUUACUUGUGUACCCAGCAAUCUUGAACAAAGGUACUAUUAAUUAUCAUUAAUGAAAUAUUGUAAUGAAAAAUUGAAAUGAUAAAUAGAUAUUAUCUAUCGA